AUGCCAGCCCUGUUCCUAGCCGUCGCAGACUACCUAGCUGCGGGUGUUGGCGCCGCCCCUUCUGCGUCGCCGAGCAUGCCAGCACGGCCAAGGGAGCCGGUGUAUCGCUCCCCCCGCGGGCGCACCCAUCAUUUUCUCCGUGCACUCCCGGCCAUUGCAGCUUCCUCCGCCCCCGUCCGAGUCCGCAUCGUCCCAACAUCCUCCGCCGGCGGCGCCAGCGCAUUCUGCGCCUCCAAUUCCUCCCUCGCGACCGCUGCUGUUGGCGCCGGGGUUGGCGCCGUCUCAGCAGACCCGGUGCCUGGCCUCUCCCGCGACUACUGGAACGACGACGAGGUGCCGGGCACUCCUCGUGACCCAGACGUGGAUUGGAGGGGGGUAUCAUGGCCUCAUCUGCCUCGCGAGGAGAACUGGAACUGGAGCACUCCUCCCCCGAGCCCUCCUUGUGGGGAGCCCCAGCCUGGAGAUGGGGCCUACCAGGCCCGUGGGGUGCGGUUGUCGGAGGUUGACCGCUGCGUGACGGAGCUAUCCUUCGUGCUUGACCUCCAGCAUGUUGCCCUCCAGUCCCGGGAGGUUGUUGCCCGAGAUCCGCAGCUGAGCGAGGACCAACAGGGGCGGCCCCGCCGUGCAGUGUCGAGUGCACUGUGGGAUGUUCUUCAUUUGCCGCUGGAACCUGAGGACCCUUUGCUAGACGACGGACCUGGCACUGCGGCUUUCUGCAUGGUAGCCACGGCUGCUGAGGAGUCCACGCUUGGGAUCGUCCCUGCAAUCGUGUAUGUGCUCCGGUGGCUGGGAUGGCGGGUGAGCGGAUGUAGGCGUUUCCUUCACUACAUCCUUUGUCGCCGGCUUCUUCUUCCCCAUUGCAGGGGACUUACGUUAGUGUGGCCCUUUCAGCGUUAUGCUUGCAUGCCUGUACUGCUCCCUGUGUAA